AUGAAUGAGGAAAUUAUUCCUCUUUGGGCAAAGCAAAUUAAAAUAGAUUCAUCAAUACAGUUCUUACUGACAGGAAACUUCACUCAUCCUACAAUUAUGGACUGUAUUGUGGUUGGCCACUCAUCAUUUCGAUUAUAUUCUGUCAAAUCCAAUCAAUUAGUCGAAACUACAAAAUAUAUUCAUAACAAAUCCAUUUCUUCUGCAUCAAUAGUCGAAAAUUCCGAUCAUUCAGAAAUAUGUUUCAUUUCUAAGAACGUUCUUUCUUUUCUUGGAUUAAAUUCACAGCAUGAAUUCGAAGUAAAUCAGAAAAAAGAUAUAGAUCACGAGCUUACAUAUGUUACUUGCGCUAAAUCUUUAAUUUUAUUAUAUAGUUCCUUACCAUUUUUAUCAAUUGGAAAUAGAAACGACCUAAAUUUCACAAGAUAUACAUUACAAGUGCAAAGCGUCUUAUCAGCAUGCAUUAUUAACAAUCGUAUCGCAGUUUUACAGCGCGCAAAUAAUUUCGAAGUUUGUUUUUACAGCUACGAUGAUAAAUCCCAGUUAAAAACUGUUUAUAAGAAAGUACUCAGUUUGGAGAUUCCAUACAAGCUUAUUCCAUCCGUUUCUCACAGUGCAGUUUAUGUUUUAUCCGAAAACAAAAUUUCAAAAAUUUUGAUUCAAGAAACAUCAUAUUUUUUCAAUCCAUUUCAAGUCUCUUCGAAAGGAGGCGAUGGACUGAUUAUAGAUGCAGUUAGUUCAGGUGUGAACACAUACUUCCUUACUGCAGAUGGCUGCUUAAUUCGUUUUGAUGGGGAAAAUUUAGAAUAUUUAAUGACGCUGAAUGGUGCAAAUUCAAUUUGUUCACCAACAUUCAACAGAUUCAUUGUAUCAAUUGAUUCCAACAAGAUACAACUAUUCGAUAGAGAGUUUCAAGUUCUCGAUGAAUGCGAAGAUGUCAUCUGCAGAUGUUCCAGCUACAGGAAAGGAAACUUUAUAAUUGCUUCUGGAUCUUCUGUUCAUUCUGCUUUUUAUGACUAUGGCAUUGAAAUAGAAAAAGUAUCGGAAAUGAAUUAUUUUGUUGUUCCAAGAUUGAUUACUUCAUCGUCAGGAUGCUUUGCAUUUAUCGUAUAUGAAGAUAAAUGUGUAGUUAUUAAUGAAGAGUUCAAAGAUGCAACUCCUUCUUUCAUGAAACAUCUUUCUAUUGAUAGAAUUCAUUGCAAUUCUUUAUCUUUCUUUUUCUUAGUGAAUGAAGAGAAUGUUUACGUUUUUGACCAUGGAUACGUCAAUUGUAUUAAACAUCCGUCAACACUAUCUUGCUUCCAUCACUCAACUAUAUUCCUUGCUGCUCAGGAUUCCAUUUCUUGCUAUAUUUAUACAAAUAAUUGUUUAGAAAAAGUUUCUGACAGAAAAUUUACUUCCCAAAUCUCUUCUAUUGCAACUUAUAACUCCACGAAUGUUGUAAUAAGUCUAUUUGAUGGCACAAUAUAUAUAGCAGAUGAUGAUUUGAAUGUAAGAGAAGGAUGCACUUUAGAAAAUGAUGUUUUUGUAACUUCACUUUUGACAACAAAUAAUUCAAUUAUUUUUGGAGCUUCAGAUGGAUUUGUAUAUAUCAUGGAUGAUAAACUUUUGCUUAAAGAAAAGUUCAAGAUUGGAAAUAUCCCAGUAACUGUAUCAGGAUAUGAAAAUUUGAUAUGUUGCAAGUGUGGAAAAAGAUUUUCAACGAUUAUUGAUCAAAAAGUCAAAUCUUUACCACCAGAUUUCCUCGCAAUUGAUGUAUUAUCAAAUGGAAAGUGUAUUGCUAUUGUUUCUAGUCCAAAGAAGGAUAAAACAGCAGCUCUUUUCACAUUUCAUUUUACAAAUACAACAAUUGGAUUUCACAGUUCAACUCUUUUUAAUUUCAACGGAUUUAUUGACAGAGUUUGUGCUGCUAGAUCUAAAGAUGCAUUCGUAUGUUCAAUAAGAGAACCACCAUCUUUGUUUUGGUCAAGAGGAGAAGUAAUAACUGUCUUAGAGAAAAAUGAAAUUGUUAGAACAAUUGUUGAAUGGAAAGCGAAACAUGGAGAAAAGCUAAUUAAUUUUUGGGUUGCUUGUACAGAAGGAAAUUCUUCAAUAUCAAGGUUUAUGCUGUUCACACAGAAUGUUUCUGAUUUCAAAGUCAGAACAAUAUUGACAAAAACAUUUGGAGAGCCAAUUACUUCUUUUUGUGCUAUUUCUCCUUCUUUAGCUUUAUUUUCUCAUUCAGAUCAACUUGUUGGAAUAUCUUUAGAGACAGGAGCAUUAAGAAAGAUCUUUUCUGUUAAAUCUCCACUGAAAGAUAUUGUUUUUACUGAUGCAAAUACAUCUUAUGUUGCUGGUUUGACAAAUGACAAUGGAUUUUUCUUGAUGAAAGUUCUUGAAAAGAGUUUGGAAACAGUUUUUGUAGUUAAGAAACCAUUUUUGGGAUCUAGAAUCAAAGUCAUUGGCAAUUAUACAGUUGUUGCUGAUAGAUUUGGUUUGUUAGAGAUAUAUGAUAUAACCGGGAAAUUAGGAAAGAAAUUCAAAUUUGUUUCCCCAAUUUCUGAUAUGUUUGACAUUGGAAAUGAAAAAGUUCUUUGCUGUCACAUAUGCGGAGAACUAACACUAGUCAAAGUGUCAGAGGGAAUUUUACUUGAGUCUGAUGUUUCAUCUCUAUUUUCAUUCGGAAGAUCCGCAUUUCCGAAAGAAUUUUGA